AUAAAAUGAGGUGGGUGUGGCUAUAAAGAUGGUGCUGCAACAAUAAUAAAACUCUCCUUUCUUCUGCUUCCUCUUCCCUAAAAAAUUCCCACCCUCAAACACGCACCAAAAACACACAGAUAAAGAGAAGAAAUCAUGGGCAACUGCCAAGCUGUGGAUAAUGCAACCCUAGUAAUCCAGCACCCAAAUGGCAGAGUUGAUAAGCAUUACUUCCCUGUUUCCGCCGCUGAAAUCAUGAAGAUCAACCCCGGCCACUACGUCGCUCUCCUCCUCACCACCACCCUCUACUCCUCCGCCGCCGCCGCCAGUAGCAACGCCCCUCUUCGUGUAACGAGGAUCAAACUUCUUAGGCCUAAUGAUACUCUCCUCCUUGGCCAUGUCUACCGACUUCUUACCUCUCAAGAGGUGAUGAAAGGAUUGUGGGCAAAGAAGCAAGCCAAGAUGCAGCAGCAUCACAAAAAUGGAAAUACAACAGAAAAAAACAGCUCAGAUUUUGAAGCUUUGGCAAGGAACAAAGAUGAUGUGAAGAAGAAUAAUAAUCAGGUAAAACUACUUGUUUUUUUUUUCAAAAUUAUAUAUAAAAAAACAAAUUAUUGUUUUUUUUCCUGUGCCAAAGUACUGUUGAGAUUCUGUAAAAUAAAAAAUAUAUAUUAUAGGAAUAAAUUAUUUCUUAAUUAUGUAAAUACAUAUGAUGAGGAAUAAUUUGUUAAUGAGUUGGAUUUGCGAAUCUUGAGAUCUUGAAACUGGCCUGCUUGAGUUAUUAUUAUUCUCUUCAAUAAUUUUUAGCGCGUGCAAAAAGGGAAUAUUAUGAAGCAAAAAUACUGUAGUGACACAAUGUUCCGUAUAGAUAGUGAUUACAUAAGUAAUUUAGCAAUCCGUUUCUUGAAAUUUAGGUAGAGAAUAUAAUUUCUAGAGAAGUUGGAUUUAUUUUUCCAAAAUAAAUAUUUGUAUAGAUGUGAACUUUGAGAGGAUAAUAGAGAACUUUUCUUGGCCGUACGUAUAAUAUGAAAAUAAUAGUAUUAUUUUAUCUUAUUUCAUGAUUGGACAUAUAAAUGUGGAUUUCAGGAAAGGCAGAGGUCAAGAAGUAACACACAAGUUAACUCUGGCACAUCCAAGUCCAGAGCAUGGCAACCAGCAUUAAAGAGCAUCUCUGAGGCUGCAAGCUGAUUCUACUUUUAUUUUAUUUUUUUUAUUUUCUCUGAGCAUGUCUUCAUUAGAUUGAGAUUUCUGCAAAAUAGUUAGUAUAGAUAAAAACAAAAUUGUGAAAAUGGCAUCGCAAUCUGAACGUGGGGAGUGACAGCACAGUUCCAUUGGAUUGGAUGUUAAGAAAAGCAGAGAUCCAGAUGAGAACAUGUUCAGUGUUAUGCAAACAAGAAAAACACUCAAAAUUGCACAUUCUUAGUAUUUUCUAAUAAA